GGAAAUCCCGCGAGAGGGGACGCCGGAGGCGUUCCCUGUGGUAACCGACUGGGGUGGGGACAGGAGACGGUGGUGGUGAGGGUGGGCCUUUCCGGGGACGAUGCCGUCCGCUUUCUCGGUCAGCUCUUUCCCCGUCAGCAUUCCCGCCGUGAUCACGCGAUGUGUCUUGCAGCAGACGGACUGGGCGGAGCCGUGGCUCCUGGGGCUGGCCGUCUUCCACGUGCUGUGUCUGCUGCUCACGUGUCUCUCAGCCCAGAGGUAUAAACUACAGGUCGGGCAUUUCCUCUGCUUAGUGAUUCUAGUUUAUUGUGCCGAGUACAUCAACGAAGUAGCAGCAAUGAACUGGAGGUCAUUUUCAAAAUACCAGUAUUUCGAUUCACGGGGGAUGUUCAUUUCUCUAGUGUUUUCAGCACCGCUGCUGCUCAAUGCCAUGAUCAUUGUGAUUAUGUGGGUCCGAAAGACUUUGAAUGUCAUGACUGACCUGAAAACGUUACAGGAGAAGAGAAGAGGAAGGAAGAGAAAAGAAGAGUAACACUGGAACAGUUGUGUUGGUUUUCUUACGGACGUUGUUUUCCUCUGUUGUUGCGUCAAGGGUUGAAGUGCGCAUCGGAGGCGUCCUUACUCGGCCACUCACGUUUGUGCAGAGGGUUCUUUUAUCGUGACAUCCGUGUUGUAGGACACACUUUAAAACUGGUUUUUAAAAUAAACACUAGUCUCCUGUUCCA